AUGACAGAGAAAGGUUUUCGGAUAGCAUCACAGGUAAACAAAGAAGGCUGGGAGAAAGCCCAGUUCCCGAUCCUCUGCGAGACAUGCCUUGGAGACAACCCGUACGUUCGGAUGCAGAAAGAGGACUACGGCGUUGAGUGCAAGAUUUGCGUUCGGCCUUUCACCAUCUUUAGAUGGAAAGCUGGCACUCAAGGUCGCUACAAGGCCACAGUGGUGUGUCAAAGCUGUGCCAAGAUCAAGAACGUGUGCCAGACAUGCUUGUUUGAUUUGGAGUAUGGCCUCCCUGUCCAAGUGAGAGACAAGUACCUGGAGGAGCUCGGAGCAAACAAGGUCGAUCUGCCACACUCCCGUGUGGGGCGUGACUAUCAGCUGCAGAAUGCACAGAAAGAUCCAGAUGGCGAGGAUCUGCCAUAUGGCAAGGUGGGCGCGCAUCCAAUGCUACAGAGGCUGGCACGGAUGACGCCAUACUACAAACGGAAUGAGGCCAGAAUAUGCACCUUCUACGUGAAAGGUGCCUGCAACAGAGGCCAAGAUUGUCCCUUCAAGCACGAGCUUCCGAAGGGUGGUGAUUUGGCCAACCAGAAACUGCGAGAUCGAUUCCAUGGAGAGAACGACCCCUUGGCAAACAAGAUCAUCCGCAGAGCUGAAGAGGACCUGACCUUAGCACCGCCAGAAGACAAGGCCGUGACGACGCUCUAUCUUGGUGGACUGCCAUCUGGAGCCAAAGAAAAGGAUAUCCGAAAUCAGUUCUACGUUUUUGGAGAGAUCCGAAGUAUCAGGAUGGCACCGAAACAAAGCUGUGCCUUCGUCACCUUCGUGAAGCGAGAGGUGGCAGAGCAAGCUGCCAAGAACACGCACAGGAUCCUCAAGAUAAAUGGCAAGAAUGUCAACGUGACUUGGGGCCGGCCGCAGGUUUCCAAAGAGAAAGAGGCAGCUUCCGCCGUGGCAGAAGGGUCGGCCCCGCCUGCUGGCAACACGUACAGGCCAUAUUAUCCGUCCAUGGACCCGUCAGCACAGGGCAAUGCGCCUUUGCAGGGCGAGGCACCAGAUGAGCGCUCCAUUCCAAAAUGA